CUCUCCCCGGGGCCGUGCGCAGACCAGUCCCGCCGGAGUCUGCUUUCGGAGCCGCUCCUGCAGGCAGGAGAGCAGCGCUGCGGCCGGAGCUCGAGCUCAGACACAGGCUCGAGCUCAGACACGGGCUCGAGCUCAGACACAGGCUCGAGCUCGCUGAGCUUAGACAUGGAGAGAGGAAGGAUCCCCGUGUGAUGUCUGGAGCCGCGGGCUGAAGGUGUCAGUCUCCGAGAGACGGGGAGUCAGGCGCUGUCGGCCUCUCUGAUGGAGAAAAGGCUGGCUUUCGUUUUCACUUCACUGCGCGGAAUCUGCUGUCUGUACCCGUGUCUGUGUCCACUGCUGCUGCUGCUGCUGGCGAUGUGAACUCGCUGAUUUCUGAGUUUCAGGGCCAGGCUGCGAGAAAUCCCCCGCUUUAUUCCCAUUCCCGUGCAUCCUAGAAGCCAUUAUGCAGAGUACAACUAAUUACCUGUGGCUGCUCUCAGACUUGCUGGGGCAAGGUGCCACAGCCAAUGUGUAUCGCGGGAGGCACAAGCAGUUUAACAGCGGGUGGUGUUGUGUUGUUUCUGCUCGAGAAGGGGAGCCGGACUCUGCGGAGGUCAGAUUUGGGCAGUGCGCAGAGCGCCUCACGAAAACAGGUGAUCUCUAUGCAGUCAAAGUUUUCAAUAAUCUGAGCUUUCUGCGGCCUCUGGAUGUGCAAAUGAGGGAGUUUGAGGUGCUGAAGAAGCUUAACCACAAAAACAUUGUCAAACUCUUUGCUGUGGAGGAAGAGUCAAACUCUCGUCAUAAGGUGCUGGUUAUGGAAUACUGUCCGUAUGGAAGUCUGUACACAGUUCUGGAGGAGCCCUCUAAUGCUUACGGACUGCCUGAAGACGAGUUUCUCAUUGUGUUGCAGGAUGUUGUAGCCGGAAUGAACCACCUGCGUGAGUACGGAAUAGUGCACAGGGACAUUAAGCCAGGGAACAUCAUGCGUGUAAUAGGUGAAGAUGGACGCUCGGUCUAUAAGCUGACUGAUUUUGGUGCAGCACGGGAGUUGGAAGAUGAUGAACAGUUUGUGUCACUGUAUGGAACAGAGGAAUACUUGCACCCAGACAUGUAUGAACGGGCGGUAUUGAGAAAAGACCAUCAGAAAAAGUAUGGAGCCACAGUAGACUUGUGGAGCAUCGGUGUCACGUUCUAUCAUGCGGCCACGGGCUGCCUGCCCUUUAGACCUUUUGAAGGACCACGCAGGAACAAAGAAGUCAUGUAUAAGAUAAUUACAGAGAAACCAUCUGGGGCCAUUUCAGGACACCAGAAGUUUGAGAAUGGCAAGAUCGAGUGGUGCGCAGAGAUGCCAGUGUCCUGUAGCCUGUCCAGAGGCUUACAGUGUUUGCUAACUCCAGUGCUGGCAAAUAUAUUGGAGGUAGAUCAGGAGAAAUGCUGGGGCUUUGACCAGUUCUUUGCUGAGACCAGUGACAUACUGCACCGCACUGUGGUGUAUGUCUUCAGCCUGCAGCAAGCCACAUUACAUCACGUCUACAUCCACACAUACAACACAGCUACGCUCUUUCAGGAGUUGCUCUACAGACGAACCAACAUCAGCCCUCCCAACCAGGAACUGCUGUAUGAAGGCAGACGUCUGAUACUCGACCCCAACCGACAAGCGCAGAUGUUCCCCCACACCAGCAGGGACAACCCCAUCAUGGUGCUCAGUAGAGAACUGGUCACUACUGUCGGACUUAUCUUUGAAGACCCGAGCCCUCCCAAAGUACAGCCACGGUAUGACCUGGACCUGGACGCCAGCUAUGCUAAAACAUUUGCAGGCGAUGUGGGUCACCUGUGGAAAACUUCAGAGUCAUUACUUGUCCAUCAGGAGCUGGUGAGGAAAGGAGUUAGGGGUCUCAUUGAGUUGAUAAAGGAGGACUUUAAUGAGCAGGUACAUAAGAAAGCAGAGGUUUUUCACAUGUGUAACCACUGCAACAAGACACUGGAAAAGGCCGAACAGCUGUGUGGAGUGUUAAUGCAGGGACACGUGUUAUCCAAAGAAUACGACGAAAUUGCAGACUUGCGUAAGAAAUCUAUGCGACUGUCUGGGUCACUGGGCUCCAUGGAUCAGACCAUGCAAGACAUCAAAAACAAGUUCAUCCCUGGAGGAACACUGACCGACACGUGGACACAGCAAGUGGGAACACAUCCUGAGGACAGAUAUGUGGAGAAAAUAAAGGUUCUUCUUGAUGCUAUAACUGCCAUCUACCAGCAGUUCAAGAAAGACAAAGCUGAAAGACGUCUACCUUACAAUGAAGAACAAAUUCACAAAUUUGACAAGCAGAAGCUGGUGUUCCACGCCACCAAAGCCCGUGCCCUGUUUACAGACGAGUGUGCAAUGAAGUACCGUCUUUUCAUCUCCAAGAGCGAGGAAUGGAUGAGGAAGGUGCACCAUGUCAGAAAACAGCUGCUGUCACUGUCUGGUCAGUUCAUCAGCAUGGAACAGGAAGUUGACAUGAUCAUGCAGCGUAUAUAUAUGGUCCAGGAUCAGCUACCAAAGAAGGUCAUUCCCAUGACAUCGAGCGCCAUCAAGCCCCAGGCCUACCUCAAUCAGAGCACUCUAGUGGAGAUGACCCUGGGGAUGAAGAAACUAAAAGAAGAGAUGGAGGGCGUGGUCAAAGAGCUGGCAGAAAACAACCUCUUUCUGGAGAGGUUUGGCACUUUGACAGUAGAUGGGGGACUAAGAAAUGUGGACCGAAUCUGAAAGAACUGGUUAGACAUGACACAGCAGUCCUUAAGGCCAAAGUCUUUUGGGCUAUAUUCAGGAUGUGAAAAAGUUUUGAGGUUUGGGCUAUGUUCAUGAUGUGAAAGGAUCUUAGAAAUUUGCCAAAUAUAUAUGACUGUAUAUAUGCUAUAUAAUGUUAAUGUAAAUACUGAUUUAAGAGUUUUUAUUUCUUCUGCUUUGUUUCCUACCUGAUAUGUAACUCAAAUAGGAGCUGCCUGCUUUCAAGCCUGAUUUCAUGAUCUUUUUAUCUGUCAGUGUUCAUAUUAUGCUUUUUUCUCUCUUUAAUUGUUUCUCUCCAUUUAUGUAAGUAGACAACAUAAGACUCCAGAGAAUUAGGCUGUACUGUAUGCAUCUUUCAAUACUCCACAUGACCACAAGUUUAAACACUGCAGAUGCACCACGAGUGUAUUAACAUUCUAAUGUUGUAUUUUUUGUGUAGGCUUAAGUUGUGACAGCUAAUCAGGUGAAAAGGUUCCUUAUAAAGCCCCAGAUUUUGUUGUUAGUUUGAUUAUUACAACAGACCAGUACUGUUCUGUAAAGCGAGGAGUGCUGAGGAUUCUGAAUGAAGAGAAAUUGUCUGCUUUUACCUUCCAUUUUUCUUACAUGGUGACAGGCACAAGAAAGCUAAGGUUUCUCUUUUGACGUAAUAGUCACAUUAAAAAGUUAAAUGUUG